AUCGUCAACCGGAAGAAUUUUGUUUCUGCCCACAUGUCGAGUUUGUUUUGGACCGUGCAGUUUCACCCACGGUGAAAAACACACGCGUAACGAUAAAACGAGGGGGUUGAAAACGUUCUACGGACAAAACAGACCGCUUAAUUCUACCACAAUGCGGAUUAUUUCUGUAAACAGAGGCAUAACCAACGUCGCUUUACGGGCACGGUUUAAGAGAGACUCUGUUUGUUAUCCCGCUUUUUGAACAUUCAAAGGCAGCGACGAAAAUUUAUUAAAAAAUGACUGCUGGAAGCAGCGUGUCCCUUUCUUCUCGCUUCGUCCUUUAUUUCGUUCCGUUUCGGUCAACGUUUCUUUUCUCCCGUCCUAGAGAGACCCCAUGAAACGACAUUUCCCCUCCGCCUCGAUCGUCGAAUUAAAUGAACCGCGAAACGUCUGAGGCAGCCACCGCGAUAAGUGCAGCCCUCUAAAUCGUAUUAAACGUCAGGUGACAUUUUCACGCGGCCUGUUCCGUAUUCCGUCCGUUCCCGCAGUCCAAUAUUCUUCGCUCCUAAUUGCGUGCCAGAGGGUAAACGCUUCUUUUCUUGGAUCAUUCGCCCGCCGGCUCGCCCUAUCGAUUUUACACGUUACAUAAACCACCACCACACCCCCCCCCCCCUCCCCUCUUCCCCCCCGCGCCAAAACCGAGACGUCUUGCGAAACCCAUUCGAAUUCACCCUAGGAAUCAAGAUCCCGACGAUAAUUAAGCGCGCUACCUUAUUGGCUACUUGCACUUUUAACCGACAACCCCCACUCGAUGUGCUUUCACACUUUUUUUUUUGUGUAACAUUUUUUUUAUCGCUCGCUAUUUUUAUUCGCUCGUUCGUGUGUACCCACGAACGAUUCCACGGGACCUUUGUACUUUUUACUUUCCGUUUGAACCCUUCUCGAAAUACAUUAUUUGUAGAGUAUCGUUACUCGAGUAUCACUAUUCGAACACCUCUUUUGGAAUAUCACUGUUCGAAUAUCAUAAUUCCAAUAACUCUUUACGAAUAUUAUAGGUUGGGUAUUAGGAUUUGAGUACCCCUAUUCGAACAUCAUAGAUUGAAUGUUACCGUUUGAAUACCCCUAUUCGAAUACCAUUGUUCGGAUAUCAUAAAUCAAAUACCUCUUCUCGAACAUUACAGUUUGGAUAUUAUCGUUUGAAUACCGCUAUUCGAACACCAUAGCCUGCAUGUUACCGUUUGAAUACCACCGUUCGAAUACCGCUACUCAAACACAAUUACCCAAACACUACUCUUCAAGUAUCAACAUUCAAUCAGAAAAGUAUCCACAAUUCCCGGUGCGCUAUUUAAAUACCCCCCUCCCCCCGAACAAAUAUUAACUUUCCACUUCCGUCUUACGAUUUCUCAUCAGCUGGUCGAAACCAAGACAAUUCUCAGAAGAUGCAUGAAACAUCGAAGUCCCCUCGCAGAACACCAUCCACGAAUAUCUACUUCCUUCCCAAUUUUUAUCAAUCAAUCACGCUACCGCGAAUUCUCAAAAAACCGACUCGCCCUGAUACUUCGAUGCUUAAAAAUUGAAAAUGUGACUACACAACGAACCGCACAAACGGAAAUGAUGAAAAGACAAUAAAAUAAAAAAUAUAAAAAAUAUAUAUAGUCAUAUAUAUAUAAAUAAAUAUACAUAUAUACGAAGUGUGAGGGAAAGAGAGGGGGCCACAGUUGCACGCGGUGGAGUAGCAAGAGGGUUUGAAAGGGGUAAACGAGAGCGUGGCCGAGGGAGAGGCGGCGAAGCAGGCAACGAGAGCGAGGAGGACGAAAGAGGGAAAUGCACGAGAGCUGCCGCGAAGGGGUGGGAAGGACGAGGAUGCCCGUUGUAGAUGAACAAGGACGAGACGUUACGCGGUGGUAGGGGACGGACGAAGAGAGACGCGUUGGUCGAAGAGGGAGGGCCAGCUGACAGGCCGAUGGAUGAAGAGAGACGGCUCUCGGAGGGCGAGGGAGAGAGGCCAGGGGGCCUGUAGAGGGGCUGAGGGAAGGGAACCUCUGGCAACGGGUCGAUCGAAAGCGCAGCGCAGAGAAAUGCACCACCUCUGCUCUGGUCUGGCAGCUUUGCUGGCACACCACCGCGUCCGCGUUCGUUAGAAAGGGAAGCAGGACGGAGAGAGAGAGGGAUAGCCAGCGACCAAUACCGACGCAGGGGGAGGACGAGCCAAGCCGACUCGCGUUGGGCUAGGUCAGGUCUACCCGAGUUCCACACACCGCUCUCUGCGUGUGCCAUCCGAAGUAGACCCCGAAGGCGGAGGCCACCUUCGAAAAAAAAAAAAACAACAAAAACGGGUCGCGAAAACGCGAAAUCGCGGGACCCUCGUGUCCGAGCCGCCCUCUCUUCGCGUCAGGUGUCAUUUUUCGGAUUACGGUCAGCGGGAAACGAACGGUCGUUAAGUGUGCUUCGAGCGGUUCGUCGAACGAUCGGCAAACCGCGAUCCCCAGUGAUCGAGGGAUAAGGGUGGCACGAAGAGAGGCUCGUCCUCGACGAGGAUACGUCCCGAUCGUUCGCAAACGGUCCGCGACGGUGUUUCGUGCGUCCGGUACCCGCCGGUUGUUACACCUGGGAAAGUAAAAACGGGGGUGGGUGGAGAGGGUGGUUAGACCGAAGGAGGUGAAGUGCGUCGGAAGUGGCUCGCGUGUGCGUUUCCGUGAGGAAUUCAGAGAGAAAGAGAGAGUUACGUGUGGAUCCACGGAUAGUUCACGACGAAUAUCAACGAUUCUGGUUAAUCGUGUAGGAGGUGGGGGAGCGCGGGGGUGGUGCGGAUCGAAGGGGUCUGGGACCGCGAGGUGCUACUCGGAGGGAUUGUUGUUGAUAAACAGCGAGAAGGGAGAGAGUGGUCCAACGGUUGAUCCGGGUGCAACGGCAGCGCCAGGUUCCAACCAAUUUCGUUUUCUCGAUGUCCUGAUAAUCGAUAGAAGCGUCGUGAAUAGGUGGUGAGAGGACCGGUUCUGCGUGGGGGAGCCGGCAGCGAUCGGCCUUAUCGACGCUCGACGAAUUUUUGCGCCUCGUCGUGAAACGGGGGUGGUGCAAUUCGGUUAAUUAAAUGUUGAGCAACACCGGCGCGUUACGUCCCUCAACGCGAGGCCGGCCGUGGGUCCCGGGUGUCCACAGACUCGGCGGGAUGCCGAUCUCCCUGAGAAAUCACAGGAUCACGUAGAAGGGGAAACGAGGGGUGACCGUUUCAUUUUUUAUCCGCAACGAAAAUCAACCCUCCGGGCCACCAGCACCGUGACCAACCGCAACGCGGACUCGAAGGAGCUGGUCGCGCGAACCGAUGCACCAAAAGUGAAGGAUGGAGGCCAGCGAGUGGGAUCACGCGACCUUGAGGGAAGAGGAAUUCGAGCAGCAUGCCGUGUAUUUGGUACCGGAUGUGGCGGCGUCGUCGGGCGACACCAAUCGCGCGGAAGCGUCCCUGCCGAGAAAUUUGGUCCUCAAGCCCUCUCAGGCCCUCAACGAUGUACGUUCCUCCGCCAAAGAAUCAUUUCUCGAGACCUCCUUGGCUUUGGGAGUAUGGAGCACGAGCUACAUCCCCAAAGGGACGAGAUUUGGCCCUCUGGUGGGCCAAGUGUACACCAAGGAUUCUGUACCAGCCGACGCGAACCGGAAGUACUUCUGGAGGGUGUACAAGAACAACGAGCUGUUCUACUACAUCGACGGUUACGACGUGCAGAAAUCGAAUUGGAUGCGUUACGUAAACCCGGCUUAUUCGUCCGAAUCGCAGAACCUAAUAGCAUGCCAGUAUAAGAUGAACAUUUAUUUUUACACAAUCAAGCCGAUACUACCGAACCAAGAACUUAUGGUGUGGUACUGCCGAGAGUUCGCGGAAAGGCUCAAUUACCCCCUAACGGGCGAACUGAUGCUUCAAAGAAUACGACAACAAGUACAACAAUCGGCGUUACCAACCGAGAUCAUCCCCCCGAGCGUGGACGUGGUGUCGCCCCUGAAGGACUCGUCGAUCUACGAGCGACGCUCGCAGAUGACCCCUACCGACGGCUCCGUCAGAUCGGACGAGGGCUACCACUCCAACUACCACGACGAGAUCCUCACGCCCCCCGAGGAGAGCAGCGAGUCCGACUCGGAGAACAACUACGUGCUGGACUUCAGCAAGAACGCGAAGACGUCCGUGUGCGCCAACGAGGUGCUCAAGCAGGACAACGCCGCGGCGAAGAACGAGUACAGGAAGGUGAAGAUCAAGAUCACGAAGACUUACGGGAACUUCCAGGCGGCGAAGAGCCUAGAGGGGAACGGAAAGGACAAGGACCAGGAGCUCUCGAGCAGAGCGGUGACACCGGAGCUUCAGAAGCCCAUGUCCCCCGUGAUCCUCCAGAAAAACUCCGUUCUGUCCACCGUCAACGAGGACGAGAUAGAGAAGGCCCCGAAACCGUUCUACGAGCCCGAAGCGAAGGGCAACAUGCCCGUUUCCGGGAGGCCAGCCUACCUAACCAGCCCCAGCAGUUCCAUUCUCGAGAACAUCCUCCUCCGCAGCAGCACCGACAACAACAACAACAACAGCCACAACCACCACCACAACGGCGUCCAGCAACACCACCAGCACCACCAGAUCCAUCACCAGACCCAUCUGGACUCCGUCACCCCACCGCCAUCCAGCCCCACGGAGAUGGCGUAUUCUUACAAGAAGUCCCAUCGCUACGGAAACAUCCUCCCCUGCAGCCCCGACUCCAGCUCGAACCUACCGAUGCAAGCGGACGCAUGCGUCAAUUCUACCAGCGGGAACAGCGCCCUCCCCAUGCAGAGCCCCACCAGCAACCUGCACUCCAGCACGGGGAGCCUCCACUCGAGCACGGGGAACCUCCACUCCAGCACAGGGCCCAACGUCCUCCAGUCCCAUCCCGGUAGCAUCCAUUCGUCCAGCAACGCGAGCAACCACCACACCGCCGCGAACGUCCUCUCCUCCAGCACGAUACUGACGUCCACCAGCAACCUCCAUUCCUCCACGACGAGCUGCCCCGCUAAAAGGAAGACCAAGAGCCCGUCGCCAUCCGCGAACCCCACGGGACCGUCCACCCCCACGAUCCUCUACUCCAGCUCGGGCGGUUGUCAGAUUGAAUCCAGCCAGGUGUACCCGGGCUCAACGGUGAGCAGCAACCAGAGCGUCUCGCCCAUCUCGCCCAUCCAAUCGCCCUCGUCCUACCCUUACGGCAUCUACCAUCAAAACGGCUCGCUGCACCACAACGUGGCACCCUUGACCAUCAACUGCACCGCCUACUCGCCGACACCCAGUGGCAACGUCGUCUACGAGAGGCCGGACGGCAGGAGGCUGGAGGCCGCAACCAGCAGCCACCAGCUGCCCACCUCCUCCACCAUGCAGAUCGACACCAACCAAGCGUUGAUCGCUGGCACGCACAAUCUCCACCUGGGUCACCAUCCGGGACUGACCAUCCACGCGAACCCCUCGUCACUGAACCGAUACUCGCCCGCGAGUUCCCUGUCGCCGGACGACCACGGCUGCUCGCAGAGCGGCUCCCUGAGCCCCAACUCCCAGGGCUCCAGGGGCUACAGGUCGUUGCCCUACCCCCUCAAGAAGAAGGACGGCAAGAUGCACUACGAGUGCAACGUCUGCUGCAAGACCUUCGGCCAGCUCUCGAACCUCAAGGUCCACCUGAGGACGCACUCGGGCGAGAGACCGUUCAAGUGCAACGUCUGCACCAAGAGCUUCACCCAACUGGCCCAUCUACAGAAACACCAUCUCGUUCACACUGGUGAGUGCUUCGGGUAGUUUGUUUACCGGUUUUGCUAGUUGGAGAACAAUUCACACACAAACAGUUGGGUACUUGAAAUGAAUGUUCAUUUUUGUACUGGUGGGAGGACUAUGUUGUUGAGAAUCCAUCAGGGACUUUCAUUCGGUAUCUCAAACAUUCUUGUGUCUGCGUUAGAUAGGUAUAUAAUAGAGGAAAUAGUAUCUUAACAGUAUCUUUUUCAACCACGCUGUUCGGUAACAGUCACGUCGUCUCGUCAUAUUCAAACACAACUGCGUCAA